GGGGGAAAUAACCGGGAAAAAACCCAGAAAAAUCAACCAGAGCUCACUGCUUCCGACUGAACAAAGCCAAAUGAAGAGGAAUUUCGAAGGUGGGGAGACGAGUAUGGAAGAUAUAGAGAUACCGGAAAACAAUUUCCGGCGACCGGCAUCUCUGUACGUAAGAACCAACGAAAACAUUCAGUACACAGGCUCUGUUCUCUCUUCCCAUCGACCGGUCAAAGGUAUUAGUCAAUAUCAAGUGAUUAAUAGAGAGUUAGAGACGGACGAGAAUCCGAUUACUAGUUCCAAAAGAAGGCUUUACGUGGCCCAUGAAAUUAAGGCCCAAGGACCAUCAUACGCAAAUGUUCCGGAUACCCUCUCCCGCCUUUCCUACAACCGCCGCCGUCGGCGGAGGAGAAAUAGGCUACGCAGAGAGGCAACACUGGGAAGAAAACUCUCCCUCUCGAUUGCUUUACAGGAACCCAGAAGUCCAAAUUCCAAACUGUAAAGUUGAUUGCUCAGGGUGAAGGAAGAAGAACAACGAUUCAUCCAUGGACGGCGCGAAGAAAACCGACUGCUGCGUAGAAAUUACCUAUAUUCCUGACACCCCACCAAUCCCUCCCGAUCAGCAACCCACCGUGAGCGUGUUUGCUUCUGUGUUAACCGAGCCGAAGCAUGCCAACAAUCUCAUCAGGUUCAAAUUCGUCUCUUGUUUAGUUGCUCUCGAGCUUCCUGGACCUGAAAAGUUCCCAUCUUUCUCCCCAUUUAGUAAACAGAUGGUCACCAAUGUCGUCUGCUCUUUCUUUUGGUUUUGGAGUAGGAGGUUGAAUCAGAUAGCUCCACUUGAGGAUCUCCCCCAUGUUAAGCGAAUACAUAAGAGGCAUCUUGAAGGAAAAGUUCAGCUGUCAAUAAUCUUGUGUCUUGCUUCUGGGAAUGAUGACCAGCGGAUCGCCUUGCCUCAGGCUGUGAAAGAGCUAGUCGACUCCUACCAGUUGAGUCCUUUUGUCACACAAGUGGGUCUUUCGUUUUGUGUUGUCUGUGCUUUUCAGUUCCUUUCUGAGUUUCUAGUGUGGUUGUGCAUGAUAAAGAACCGAGAUCGUGAUGAUGAACUAGGCAUGUUAUGUUGCUGGUUGUUUGUGCUAAACCAGGUAUGCAAAUAUGCUGCAACAUCCAAAGAGCAAUGGGUAGAACAAUGCAAGCUAUGGCCGACAUCAUACCAUCCGCCUACUUUUAACAUUGAUGGCAUUACUGGAUUCAGCGAUGAGGAUUCACAAUCAGUUUACCGCUUCAUGAAAAUGGCCAUUGAUUUGGCAAACACUAGAGACAAUUUGAUAACUAAUGCUGCAGUCAUCGUCAAUCCUUCAGUUCAGCAGAUCAUUGCAAGUGCAUGUGAUGAAGCACACUCAUGCCACAAACAUCAAUCGGCUACUAGCUGUUGCAAUAGUUCAAAUGGAAUACAGAGCCAAGGAGGAAAUCCUCUUUCAGGUGAAUCUCUUGAGGAGCCUCAAAGAUUGCGCAUUGUUGCAUCUUGUUUAAAUCCUUGGCAAUGGUCUCAGCAAGAAUGCAGCAGUACAUCAACUUCUUAUCAAUGGCAUCCGUUGCGCCAUGCUGCUCUUGUUGCUAUCGAAUCUUCUGCUGAAAGGGAUAGACGCCUUUUCCCUGGCUCAGAUAAUCUUGCAAAUCAGUCCUUUGAAGUGGAGCCUAUGCUGUCUGCUUGUGAAAGGUCACCUGCAAAAAGGCAGAAACCCGACCACGAAAAUGUGAAGGCUGUUGGGAAUGGGUUGGAUUCUGGUAAUCAUGAUUCUAGUUCUGCAUUGAUGAGACCUUAUUUAUGCACAGGCUACGACAUUUUCCUUGUUUGUGAGCCGUGUCCAAUGUGUGCAAUGGCACUUGUUCACCAGCGAAUCAGGCGGAUAUUCUAUGCGUUUCCAAAUGCAAACGCAGGUGCAUUGGGCAGUGUUCACAGACUGCAAGGGGAGAAGAGCUUGAAUCAUCACUAUGCUGUUUUCCAAGUGAAGUUCCAGAACGAAAGUCUAAAUCUUUAGGCUUUACAGAUAGAAUAUGAAGCUAGUUUCGAUCUCACGUUGACGUUGACUAGAACUGAUUAGAAUAGAUUAUGUAUGAAUCCCUUCUUGUUGUCCUCUUGGAUUCUUGUAUUGCACUUUGAAUGUUGAAGCCAAGGGAUGAGCAAAGUGAGCUGACAGAACGACUCAUAUGCUAAUUAUUUUAAACUUCGCUAACUGUUUUGUUAAAAAUCGACUAUUACGACGGAUUUGUUAGACCUUAUGGAAAGGUAUUCAAUUUUCAUU